AUGUCCAUCCGCCGGCGCAGCCGCGCCUCCUCGCGCCCCUCGCCCGUCGAGCUCGAGGUCCCCGCCGACCCCAACACCUUCACGUGGCCCGAGCGCUCGCGCAAGAAGUUCGUGCAACUAGUAGCCCUGCAGUGCCUGGUCAGCCCCGCGCCCAUCACCAACGAGCACCCGAUCGCGCUCGAGCUGCCCGAGGCCGCCGGCAGGAGGAAGCUGCCGCACAAGACGGAGCGGGAGAUUGCGGACCACUUUGCGUUCCUGGCGGCCGGCGAUGGGAGCGGCGCGGCGUGCUGUAUUGAGGAGGGAGAGGGAAGGCUGAGGUUUAGGCUGGCGAUGAAUGAGGGCGUGCCGGAGGGCGUGUUGGAGGGGCUGAGGAAUGUGUUGAGGGAGGUGAGGAGGGUGGCGAACGGGGAACAAGCCGAAUCCGAAAUCAAAGCCGCCGUCUGGGCCAACGUGCUCGACCUCGAGAAAGCCAAGGUCUACGCCGACCUCGUCGACCGCUUCACACGGGGCUCCCGCCCGCUCUCGGAGCAGUUCGAGGACGCCCUGGGCCACAGCGAGACGUCCACCGACCCCGUCACCGACGACGACGCCCACGCCGGCCUGCAGAAGAUCUACGACCUGUGCACGCGCGUGACGAGCACCGAGCUAGCCCGCUGCACCCGCGAGCUCGACCGCCUGCUCGACACCUGCUACCGCUUCCGCGGCUCGCGCAGCUUCAAGAGCGGGCUCAAGGCCGUGCCGGCGCGGCGCGCACUCGUGCAGAUGAUCGAGAAGCUGGGACGCUAUAAAACGGCGAGCAACGCGCUGGUGCUGGCCGCAAGGAAGUUCCCCAACCUGUUUGUGCUGGUGGACGUCGAGAGCGUGCCGACGCUGCCGGCGCUGGACGAGCGAGUGGCGGCCGGGUUCAAGGGCGUGUACAUUGGCGCUGUGGCGCAGGACCUGACCAGUAGCACCGAGCCCCUCUGCAUGAGCCGGCUGCGCACCAUCACGGACCUGAGUAACGAGAAGCUGGCCAGCAAGUACCAGGACCUGUGCCAGAGCGCGCCCACGGCGCACGCCGAGAUGCAGCUGGUCAAGUUCUACGAGGAGAAUGCGGAUAUCGAGAGGCCCGGCUUCAUUGGCUGCAGCAAGAAGAGCUGCUUCCUGUGUGGGCUGUUUCUGCAGCUGCAGCGCCGAUUCGCCGUCAGCAAGGCCCACCAGAAUAUAUAUCAUGCCUGGACCGUCCCCACGAUCCGCUGUGCCAGCCCCGAGAACGCCGUGAUGCUGGACUUUGUCGUCGAGAAGAUGUCGCGCAUCAUCGAGGACUCGUGCAAGAAGAUGCUGUGGGAGAAGCCUGAUGAUAGCAGCAGCACCAACACCAGCAGCCCGCACAAGAACCUCAUUGCCUCUCUGCCCACCGCCUUCUCUGCCCCUCCUCCCUCGUCGUCCGGCUUUGUCACGCCCCGCUCACCGCUGUCGCCCAUCUCGCCGGGCUUCUCGCGCCCCAGCACCGCGGCAUCGAACCUGCACAACAUCAGGGCCUCCGCAAGGCAGACGCCAAAGCCCUCCCCGCCCGCACACGCCGCACACGCCGCACACGCCCCACACGCCCCCUCGAAGCUGACCGACUCCUCGGGCGACAGCUCGAGCCCGGAGCCCGGCUCGCCCAACCUCUCGUCCGAGUCCAGCUGCACGUCCGUCAGCGAGGACUCGUCGAAGGAGUCGUCGUCGUCGUCCAAGGCACCCAAGCGCCAGACACGCACCAAGCACACCGAGGCCUCAGCAGCAGCAGCAGCAGCCACCGUCGUCGCCGAGCGCAUGCCGGCCAUCAUGGCGGCCGACGCACCGCCCGCGGUCCCAGCGAGGUCUGCGUCCAGGGUGAGGGAAUCCCCGGCCGCCCGCCCGGGCUCGUCCAGGUCGGUCCGCAAGAGGGGGAGCCCGGUCGAGGCCCCGAAGGCCGAGGAGAAGACGCAGCAGCAGCAGAAGCCGGUCAUGGCCACCAUCACCCGCUCGCAGUCCGUCCGAGUCUCGCGCAAGGCUGCCGCACCACCACCACCACCAGCACCGCCCGCCACGCCAAAGGCACCCACGAGGUCUGCCUCCGUGGCCAGGAGACCCGUCGCCACGCCCGAGAUCCCAGCGAGAGGCGGGCGUGUCCGCUCUGCCUCGGCCAUGGAGGUCCGCAAGGCACCCGCCGUGUCCGACGCCGAGUCCGUCAGCCCCGGCACCGCAUCCCGCCCCUUUGGGCCCCUCCGCCGCGCCAACACGGCCCCGGUCGAGUCCACCGCCACCAAGAGCGCCAUCCCCGUGCCGCGGUCCGUCUCGCGCUCCACCCGCAAGGCCACCACGCACACGACGCCGCCGCCGCCGCCGCCGCGCUCGCCCUCGCAGGUGCGCUACACCCGCGUCGAGAACCCGGCGCGCAACGCUAACCGCAGCCGCGAGCCCUCGCCGGGCCACAUCACAAGCUCGCUGCUGCGCCACGAGUCGCCCAUCAGCAUCGCGCGCUUCGAGACGGCGAUGGCCAUGGCCGUCACAUCCGUCACGGGCUCGCCGACGAUGGUCGAGCUGCCGCCCGAGUCGUCCAGCGCCCGCACCACGCCCCGCGGCUCACCGAACGUCGCCGGGCGUGUCUCGUCGAGGUCCCGCGCGCAGAAGCGCAUGUCUCCGCUGUCGGUCGAGCGCACCGCUGAGUGUGUCGUCGCCGAUGCACCGGCACCCGCACCCGCACCCGCACCCGCCGCGGGCCUGGGCCUCAAGAAGAGCAGCGGGACGUCCGUCCGCGACUCGUUCGCCUCUGCCGCCACCAGCCAGACCGCAACCACCGCCAGCAGCAGCACCGCCGCCGUCGUCGAGCACGCCCCCGCCCCCGCCCCCGCCCUCCUCCACAUCGACACCGAGGACGACCCGGCCCUCACGCCCAUCACCGUCGCCACCCCGCACGGCAUCUCCAUCAUCGACUCCUCCGAAGAGUCCUCGCUCCCCACGCCCAGGCGCAGCAUCACCGAGCGCCGCGGCCGCGCCCUGAAGCGCGUCGAGCCCACCACCGCCGUCGAGCGCAAGCGUGCUGCCAUCGACCGCGCAACCGCCGACGCCGCCGCCUUCGUGCAGGAGAACGGCUUCGAGGCGCAGCGCAAGCGCGGCAUGACCAUCGCGGACGUGGUGCAGGCGAGCGGCUUCCAGGCUCAGAUCAACCGCGGCAUGAGCGGGUACUACAGCGACACGGAGACGAUCCGCACAAGACUGCGUGGCGGGGCGCUGAGUACCAUCUCUUCUGAAGAGGCGGCGGCGGCCACGGCCGCGACGUCGUCGGGGAGGAGUAGGUUGGGGAUGGGGGGCCGGAGGCCGCAGGAGACGGAGUAUACGCUGUACCUGGCGGGGCCGGACCACGAUGAUAGGACGCUGGGCGAGAAGAUCUUUAACGGGCGGCUGAGCGACGGGAAUAACGGCGGCGGGGAGAUGAAGCAGCGCGCGGGGUGUAAGCUGCGCACGGCGCUGCGGCCGGCGGAGAAGGAGAUCAGUGGGAUGAGGGUCAAGGAGGUGUCGAAGAGUCUGGAGGAGAUGGUGCUGGAUAUUUUUUUCCCGGAUGCGGUGUUGAGGUUGGAGGUGGUGUGGGAUGGGCAGAUGGCGUGA